AAACGUCUCAAUCACAGAACAUCUUCAGGAGCCUCCAGACAGUACAUACCCUUCCAUGGUCAUAGCGGAUGAAAAUAUCACAAGGAAGGCAAGAAAAGUGACAUUAGCAAAGGGAGAGUCGGGUCUAGGGUUUAAUAUUGUUGGUGGAGAGGAUGGAGAAGGGAUUUUUAUUUCCUAUAUCUUGGUAGGAGGGGCAGCAGAUACUUGCGGCAAGUUGAGGAGAGGAGACCAGAUCUGUUCAGUAAAUGGAAUCGACCUUCAAUACGCCACCCAUGAAGAGGCAGCUGGAGUUCUGAAAGGAGCAGGACAAACUGUAGCUAUGGUUUUAAAAUACAGACCUGAAGAGUACAAUAGAUUUGAAGCCAAAGGUCAUGAUCCUGGAAAAAAAAUGCUAUAUACAACGGCGGAUAGCUUUCAAACAUCAGAGAAACAUCCUUUAUAUGUUAGAGCACUGUUUGACUAUGACCCUUCUAAGGACAGUGGUUUGCCUGGCCGAGGGCUAGCCUUUCAAUUUGGUGAUAUUCUACAUGUCAUAAAUGUCAGUGAUGAUGAGUGGUGGCAAGCUUGCAUUAUACAUCCUAAUGAUGAAGAUUUUAUUGGUAUUAUUCCUAGUAAAAACAGAGUUGAACGGAGCGAAAGAGCAAGGUUAAAGACUGUCAAGUUUCAAGGAAAACACCAGUACAAUGGGAAGCUGAAAAUGGAGAAGAAAAAGAAAAACUUUUCUUUAUCAAGAAAGUUUCCAUUUAUGAGAAGUAAGGAUAAUGUUAUCAAUGACGGAGAAGGAUUGCUUGAAGAUCCUGUACUAUCUUAUGAAGCAGUCACACAACAAGAAAUUUCUUACACCAGGCCAGUCAUUAUUCUGGGUUUCCUGAAGGAUCGAAUUAAUGAAAAUUUAGUGUGUGAACAUCCAGACAGAUUUGGUAAUUGUGUACCCCACACAACGCGUCCAAAGCGUGCCUAUGAAGUUGAUGGUUGUGAUUAUUAUUUUGUCACAUCAAGAGAACAGAUGGAACAGGAUAUUGAAAACCACUUAUUUACAGAGGCUGGUCAGUACAAUGACCACUUAUAUGGGACUAGUUCCAGAGCAGUACGAGAUGUGGCUGAGAGUGGUAAACACUGUGUCCUUGAUGUCAGUGGAAAUGCUAUCAGAAGACUUCAAAUGGCUAACCUCCAUCCGAUUGUAAUUUUCAUCAAACCAAAAUCUGUAAAAGCUGUCUUGGAGAUGAAUAAAAGGAUGUCCAAAGACAAAGCCAGUAAGGUAUAUGAUGCUGCAAUAAGACUAGAACAUGAAUUUGCCCAGUUUUUCACUGGGAUUAUUCAAGGUGACAGUCUAGAGGAAAUAUAUUCAAGAGUUAAAAGAAUGAUUGUAGAACAGUCGGCUUCUAUUAUCUGGGUACCAACCAAAGAAAAGCUCUGUAAAACUCUCUAAAAAAAGAUGGAAUAGAUCAGAUGGUUUUCCAGUGUUGUGUUGUUGAGUCUCAUACCUUUGUCUGUUACAUGUGCUUUGGUCUUCUCGUCAACACGUUAGUGAAAGGAGGGAAGAACAUGUGCCUGAUGAUGUGGGGAAUGCAUUUUAGUAGGUACAAAAAAUAUGUUAAAAGAAAUACAGAUUAAAAAAGGGAACAAAAACUUUUGGGUGGAAGAAGACAAACAUAUCCUGCUAGAGAGAUUAUGCAUUUCCUAAACAAGGAAUAACUUGAGUAUCUCUUCAUCAGUGUUUUGGCACCUUUAAAUUUCAGAGUGAAUAUUUUGUGGAUGUCUGAAGACAGGUUCAAAUUAGUGUGUUUGAAAAUAUGGUGCAAAAAAGAUUUGUAAAUUCUUAUGUUGAUAUGCAUGUUCUUUGUGUGUGUGUGUGUGUGUAUGUGCAGAUGUGAUAAAAUAAGCUUUUGAUGAAUUAAUUUAUCUUUGUAAAGUCUGUUUUAUAAUGUUAUUGUGGAAAGAACAAGAAUUUGCUUCUUUGCAUGGAACUGAUUCCUACAAUGUACUUAGGAGUAAUAUUUGUGCAAUUUUUGUUUCGAUGAGACUUUUUCGUGUUGAAUGUUCAUCUAUUUUUAUCUGUAUUUUUUGACUUUCUAAAACAGCAUUAAUAAAUUUAAUGUAAGAGGCAUGAAAGAGUUUUUGAUAAAUAUUUUUGAAAAUCGGUGUACAUACAUUUUACCAGAAUUGUGAAAUUUUACCAGAGUAAACUUAACUUGUAUCCUAAACUUUAAUAAAUUCACAUUCGUAUAUUUAAUUACCUCUUUCACGGCGUACAAUUUAGUGUACAAGGAAGAUGUUUCUUUAUUUAUGUUUUGAUUACCUAGCAUAUAUCAUUAAUUUAAACAUGCGCAUAGAUUUUUAUAACAGAGCAUAAUAAGAUUAACAUUGACGAAAAUAAUAAAAGCUUUAAAACUCCAGUUUUCAGUCAAAAAUCCAGCCUGCACAUGAUAAACGUUUUAUUAAAAAAAAUUGAAAUAAUAAAUGUUUAUUGCUGGAAUAUAUGUCUAGAACCAUGUAAUUCAUGUUUACCCAAAAUUCACUGUUCUCAAUGAAUCUGACAGUUCUGUAACAGAAGUGUUUGGAAUAUAUAUAUAUAUAUAUAUAUCUGUGUUUGUGUGUGUGUGUGUGUGUGUGUGCGUGCAAAAUCUUUGUACUUAAAGCUACUCAGAAAUUAUCAAAUUUAUUUUUUCUUUUUGAAAAUAAUCUGUAUUCUUCUAUUUCUGGUCAUCUUAAAAUACAAUAGCUGAAAACAAGGGAUCAAAAAGGUGUUUAAUUGGUAUGAAACAUAGUUUUGAUUUUUCAUCACUUUAUAAAUUGAUAUUAGAAGUUUCUUGAAAUGGGUGUGUGCUUUUUUUAAAUAAAAACUCUAUAACUUUUAUUUUUUAUCCACAUGAUUUUCUCAAUCAAAGAUCUUAUUUGUUUUUGAAUGUUCAUUGCAAUAUUCGUGUUGUAUUCAACUGAGUUUAUUUUUCUUAUCAGUCAAUAAACUUUCCGGUUAUGAAUUUUGA